AUGGUCCAGCCGUGUGCACCGCUCGACGACUUGGUAUCCAAUGGCCUGGGCACGAUGGCGCAGGGGUUUCAGAAGACGUUCCAGCACACGGCCAUCACGGCCGAGCUGACGGGCCAAAGCGACAUGACUCCCAAGCAGCUCGACGCCAUCGGGAUCCAGUGCCGAUCGACCUCCAAGACCGGCACGGCGACCAUCGACGGCCGCACGCGCACGUACGCAUACCUGACAUACCAAGAAGCCGACGCCAUCCCGUCAGGCACGGUCGUCCCGCUGGCCAUCGCGAUCCCGCGCCUCUUCCGCAGCGAAGUCUCCGCCGCCCUGGCCGACACCCUCGCCGGCUCCAACAUGGACCUCAACCCCAUGGCCUACGUGGCCUCCAUCGUCUCGUGGCUGCAGAACCUUUACAGGCCCGCCGACGCCUUCCACCCCCAGCCGAUAUAUUGCGACGCAGAGGAGAACGUCGAUGUCAGCGCAACCAGCACGUGGCAGCAGCUGCAAUUGCUCAACUCGACGCAAUUCCUGACGAGCAUGCUGCGCGCACACCAGGAAUACGCACUGGAAAUGAGCCGCCCGCCGCCAACGGGGCUCGACCGUACCGCCGCUUUCACGGGCAACGUCAGCACCGUGCCUGCGCCGCCGGUGCUUGCGCUGCUGGCGCUGUGGGCGCUCGCGUGUGCCGUUUUGGGCGCCACGUACGCCCGCCGGCGCCGCUGGAGCGAGACGCUCGACGGCUUCUCCAUGUUCCGCUUCAGCGCGGCCUCAGGCUUGGGCUAUACUGAUACCGUUGCGUUCAGCGGCGAUGUGGUGCAAAGCACCAGACAUUUCCGCGAGUGUCGCGUUGAAGGGGCUGCCGGGGUUUGUGGCUGA